CUGGGACGCAGCACGACGCAGAAUCAGUACCAUCAAAACCUUUGGGUCUACCUCCAGCAAUCAGACCGCCUGUACACCUGUAGUGUCACUUUUCCUCCCAACGCCGCUUGGAUUCGGGAGCGAAGAGAAGAGGGAAGCAAGCAAACCAGUCAAAUAUGGUUGGAGAAGCUCGGAGGCAGAGCACAGGGACGACAUAGACGCAUAUGGUUCAGGACAAAGAGGGUCGUCUUCUCUGAAAUUACGAUGCAUCUCAUCCGGGUGGUCCUAAUUCUGCUCGUGACAGGCAUGGUGAAAGGUUGGGAAUGCAGCGCAGGGUGCAGCAGAGAAAAUGGGUUUUGCGAGAAGCCAGGGAAGUGCAGGUGUAAACCAGGGUGGCAAGGAGAGAACUGUGAUCAGUGCAUGCCUUUCCCCGGCUGUUUGCACGGCACAUGUGAGAAAGCAUGGCAGUGCAUCUGCAAACAGGGCUGGGUGGGCAGCCUGUGUGACCAAGAUACUCGCCUCUGCUCAUCCAGGCCGUGUGCCAGUAAUGCCACCUGCAUCGAGACGGGAGAGGGGGGAUACCUUUGUGUGUGUCCCCAAGGCUACGCUGGGAAAAACUGCCAGCUGAAGCAGGAAGUCUGCUUUACACACAGCUCUCCUUGUCAGAAUGGAGGCACAUGCAUUGAUGCCAGUGGCUCGGCAGCUUACCCUUCCUGUUUGUGUCCUCCUGGAUUUUCCGGAGACUUCUGUGACAUUGCUGUUGACAGCUGCCAACCUAACCCCUGCCUCAACAGUGGCAACUGCACAAACCACGGCCUUGCUUUCACGUGCGUCUGUCCUCCUGGCUUCACCGGUUUCACGUGCAACGACACCACCAGCCUGUCCCCCUGCGCUGGUGGGCCCUGCGCCAACAAGGGAACCUGCGUCGGUCAGCCUGAUGGAACCUUUCGGUGCAUUUGCCAAAAGUGGUUUGCAGGCCCCACGUGCUCCCUUUAUCACAGACCAAAGAGCAGAUCCAAGCCAGCUGGUGCCAGGCCGGUGGACCACAGAGUGUUUGCUCUGGCUCCACAGCACUACUCCCUCCCAGCUCACGCGUUUCACAAGCUGCUUAGACCACCAGAGAGAGACCUGCUUAAGAUCACCCUAAAGGAAACCGUGCACCCUUCUGGCGUCCUCAUCACCCACGGUCAACUCAUCUGCUUCGGCAUGCUGGCUUUGCUCACCUGUCUGGUUAUCUUGGGUACCACCGGGAUCGUGUUCUUUGGCCGCUGUCAGAUGUGGCUCGCUAACGCCAAGUACAGCCAGCUUGUUCGGCAGCAGCGGGAACAUCUGCUGAAAGAAGUUGGCAGCUCAGGCCAGGAAGAGCCCAAGCACUCGGUUAACAUCAUCCUGCCAGAAAAAAUUAGACUCUCCAGCUUUGGGGGACACUACACCUCCAUCUGAUUUACCAUGCCUCCUACUGUUAUCUGCUCUCCGAGGACAGUGCAUAAUGAAUGUCCCUCGACACUGUCCCUGCUGUGCAGUUGUGGACUUAAGACACUGGACUAUGUGAAUGUAUAGUUCUGGAUCAAAUGGAUAAAAGUAAGCUGGAUUGUAAAAGUGUCCAUUGAGUCAUAGUUAAAAUAAAAUCCAUUAAAACGUUAAUUGAUAAAACAACAUUGUGUGAGAUGUUUUGGAUUUUGAAAGCUGUUUCUUUAUCUCUACUUUUAGCCCAUGUCUGGACAAAGUAGACUUUUUAAUUAAAGUUGGAUUUAAAUAAGAUAACCAUGCAUGUGACCUCUACCACUUAAGUUUGUAAUUAAACUGUUUUAUUUUAUUCAUGCUUGGAUUAAAAACCAGUUCUGUGGUUAUGUUGGGAAAACUCAUUUUAACUCAUUUACAGCUAUGAGUUUUUAAUUAAAAUGGUGUCCAUCACCAUGGAACAUAUUAAUGUGACCUUAGCUCACAUAUGUGCUGAUUUGUGACCUUAAGUAGUGUCAUUCAUUUUCUUGGAUACAAAUUGCGUCAUUAGUUUUUCAUUUCAAUUGUAAAAUCUUACAAUGUAUGGUUAGACAUAAACUUGUAAAAAUGUGUUUUCCCAAAGAUUUAUUUUAUUCUAAUCUGUUUAUUUUUUCAGUACAACUAACUCAGCUCUUGUUAAAUCUGCAGAUUUAAGCUCUAUGUUCCUGCCAGUGUUGUGUUAAAUGUGUUUGUAUAUACAGCAGUGAGCCCUGAUGUACUUUUGCAGUUUUGCAUAAUUUAUGCAAAAAUAAUUUGGCAGUUAAGAUGGGAAAACUGUUUAUAUUAAAUAUAUAGUACGAUCUGAAAUGCAAAA